AUGUCUAUCGUUUAUGUUCCCAGUUCUUCGGCCGUUUACAGGUCGUAUAUGUCUGUACCUGUGGUUCAAACAUCGAAGAUUUACACAGUUCAGACCCCCCACAUAGCAACAAUUGUUACUGCACCGUCAACAGUUGUCUCUGUACCGGCCGUUCUACCUGUAUCAACAGUUAUGUCUGUACCAGCAGUUGUGUCCGCACCGGCAGUACAAGUCUACACCCCCAAGACAGUUUUUACUAACCCGAUCGAAGUUUCUACCAUUAUUAUAUAG